AGACCUUGAGUCACACUUGACAGACGGUCACGCUCAGUUCGACUUGUGUGCACAGGCUGCUGCCAGCUAUGACUCGAGGAACUCUCGAGGGCUUACUAAAACUCGAUUCCUCUUAUCGACCUUCGCUAUAAGUAACCAAACCAACCCUCAACAAAUUUUGCAGGAUGACCGUUGCUUCAGGACUUCCCCAACUGCUUCUUGUAGGUCUUGGUAACCUUCCAUUUCCCCAGACCCGCCAUAGCAUUGGGCAUCUCAUAAUCGACGCCUUAGCCGCAAGAUUCCAUAUACAUAUGUCCAAUGACAGGACGAUGGGUGGCGUGACUGGACGUUCAAAGGUCACGUUAGGUGAAACUGUUGUAUCUCUAACGCUCCUGAAACCAAAGCCCCUCAUGAAUAUCACUGGUCCAUCAGUGGCAGGAGCUCUCCGCAAGUCUGUCAAAGCCUCAGAUGCAAUGGUCAUUAUCCACGAUUCGCUAUCGCAUAAACCGAAGGCUUUGUCUCCAAAAAUAGGCGGUUCUGCCAAUGGGCACAAUGGUGUCCGUAGCAUCAUAUCGGCACUCGGAGGCGAAACUAAUUUUCAUCGAUUUCGUAUUGGCAUUGGUAGGGGUCCUGGUGAUGUAGCGGAAUAUGUUCUAGCGAAGCUUCCGGAGGAAGAGGAAUUAUACUGGAAUGGCGAUGGCAUAGGUCUCGACCUUAUUUGUAAGGAACUCGAACACAUUGCUGGCAAACAGCUUGAGAGCCGAGGCUUACCGUGACCUCUACCUCGGGAAAGCAUGGGGUUUCGCCACGACGCGUGGCAAAUCGCGGUGACGGGCUUCAUCUUGUAUUUAUUUCCGUUCAACGCUG